UUUUUUUUUUGUUUUCUUUUGUAGUUUCUUAUAUUCCUACUUUUUCCAAAUCAUCACUAUGUUUUGCAUCACGCUUUAAUAUUCUCACAAAUGUUUGUAAUUCAUUAUUACCAAUCAUACAACAAUUAAAACGAUCAUCAUUAUCAUCCACAUGCUAUAUAAUCAAUUUUAUUUUCCUUCUGAAGAAAAAUCAUUAUCGAAAUAAUAUAUGAUGAAUAUACAUUAACAAAAUAGUGUCUAGCCUAUUGUUCGUAUACUGACUAUAUCAAUCACCUACCUUCGACCUCCGACAGCAUGAAGUGGUAAUUUUGUGAACGAAGGAUAUCAAACCCGGCAAAAAGUUUCCAAGGAAGUUUGCGGAGGAAGCAUGUGAUCGCCUAUUGAAAUCACCAAUAGAAUUUUUUUGUUUUCUGUCCACUAUUCCUUUUGGAUGGAUUCAAAUUUCUCCUUUUUUUUUUUUCUUUUCUUUUAUCUCUAUCCAACAGCAUGUUAAGACAAUCCACUCAUAUUAUCAAAAGAAGUGUGCCAAGGACAACUAUACGAAUCAUUCCUUCUCGUUUGUCAGCAAAUACCACCUUUCUAUUAUAUGGUCGACCUUAUUCAUCAGCUACUACUCAUGAUUUUUUCCCAGAAGCUACUUAUAUGCCCAGUCGAACAAAAGACCAAAAGAAACAGCAACAAAAGCAACAGCAACAACAACGUCAAGUUUCUCCUUUGACCAAAUAUGAUUCUAUUACAGCCGGUGGUUCAGUACAUAGUGAUCCUCAUCAACGAAGUAUUGUCAAGUAUUUAGACCGUUUAUGGCAUGAUUUGCAAAGCUACACUCCACAAACAAAAGCCACUAUGAGCCCUAGUCUUGUUGGCUCGAUCUCCAAAUUAUUUGCUACUCCUUCAAGAAGUAAGGCACCAAUGUCACUAUAUGUAUAUGGUAAUGUGGGUACUGGUAAAACAAUGGUGAUGGAUUUAUUUUACGACACACUACCUAUUGAACGCAAACGACGAGUGCACUUCCACGCCUUUAUGCUUGAUGUCCAUGCUCGGAUUCAUCAUAUCAAGAAGAAAUACCCCAAUAUUUCCAAUCCGAUCUCACCUCUUGCUGAUGAUAUUGUCAAAGAAAGUUAUGUGUUAUGUUUCGACGAAUUCCAAGUGACUGAUAUAGCCGAUGCAAUGAUCCUACGCAAGUUAUUUACAGAAUUAUUUGAUCGUGGAGUGGUACUUGUAACGACAUCGAAUCGACAUCCGACAGAACUAUACAAGAAUGGCAUUCAGCGGCAAUCAUUUAUUCCGUGCAUUGAUCUUUUGAUGAAGAAAUGUGAUGUGUUGUCUUUGGACUCUGGAACGGAUUAUCGCAAGAUCGAACGUGAACAAACAGCAAAACCUGUCUUUUUGCAUCCAAAUAAUGCUGCUACUCAACGUGAAAUUGACCGCAUCACUCGCCAACUGACACACAACAAACCUCUGACGCCAAUGACCCUCCAUUUUUUAGGCCGAUCAUUGGUCAUCCCUGAACAAGCCGAUGGUGUGGCUCGUGUGCGAUUCCAAGAUGUCUGUGCCAACGCUCUCUCUGCUGCAGAUUACCUUGAAAUGGUGAAGCAUUUUCACACCAUCGUUCUUACCGAUAUUCCACAUAUGACGAUGAAACACCGUGCUGAGGCCCGUCGCUUUAUUACUUUAAUUGACGCUAUGUAUGAAUCCAAAACUACUCUGGUCGCCUCUGCUGAAAACUCAAUGCUAGACAUAUUCAAUGCUGAUGAAGGUCGUGAAGCCAUGGAUGACGAAAUGCGACGUAUGAUGGAUGAUCUCAAUGUGGCUGAUAUUUCCUCUCCUCUUUUUUCUGGUCAAGAAGAAGCCUUUGCCUUCCAAAGAGCUCUGUCUCGUUUGAUUCAAAUGCAAAGCAAAGAUUGGGUCAACAAGGAAUUAUUAUAGUUUGGUGUGUUAAUAUAGUUUAUUAGAUCUUUUUUUUUUGUUUACUGUAGUACAUUUACGUCAUUUAUCUUUUUUUUUUCUCUUUGUCUCUUUAUUGUAUAUCAUCAUCUAGUUUAUACUGAUUUAUCUUUAUAGAUAUAUAUCCUUUCUAAAUAAAGAUCUUUGAAUUAUCGUUCCAAGUUGAGCGAAAUGUCAUGAGUUGGUAUUUUGAAAUGAUGACGAGAUAUGGUAAUUGUUGUUCAGACCGAUGAGAUAAAUGGAUGAUGAUAUAUCUAUACCUUUAGCUUGAUCUCACUGAAUUCAUGCAUCUUAAGGGCAACUAUCAACAAUCAUCACCUAUGCAGUUCCUUUGUACCACUUAUUUUUCAUCAAGUCGUCAUUUAGAUUGAUUUAAC